ACGGAUUCGAAAGGAUCGUCAGUACCCUGCCGACGAACGAGUAAUGAUGGCACGACUGAUCAUAGCAACGCUGGCCGUGCUGUGCGGCCUUGCCAGCGGCCAGGGCGACCGCGGAGCCCAGAGUGUGCGCAUCCACAGCGCUCCGUUCCCCAACGCCCCCCCUGCCCCACAGCCCGGUCCGAUCCCCGGGAGCACCCCGGACUCGCUCCCACCAGAAUUUAGGUGCUUGUCAGCGUUCUCUGUGCGCAAGGCCACCCGAGGCUCGUCGACGGUACGAAGCGGCUCCUCAACCCGCGUCAGGUUCCAGGACGUGUUGACCGCCGAGGGAGGCUGGUCGCCGUCGGAGAACGACUUCCUGGCUCCCUGCAGGGGCCUCUACUUCUUCUCCUUCCACGGCGUGGCUCCCGACGGAGGCGACUUUACGUUGGCCUUGAUAAAGAACGGCCAGUACCAAGUGACAGCUUAUGGCGGGAAGGGCAACUACCAGCAGGGCUCCAACUCGGCCCUUCUCCUGCUGAACCAGGGCGACCUGGUUCACCUCGAGCUGCAGCAGGGAAGCCUCUACGAGCACCCACACGGCGAGGCAUACACCUCCUUCAGCGGCUUCCUUGUGAAGGACUAUUAGGACAACACAUGAAGGACCUUCUGUAACUAGGACUACUGGCCGCCGUGAUUUCUCCUUUAAUACUGAAACGGCAUUGCUCAUGGCACUUCCAUGCAGUCUUUACAUCGACGUCGAGGAGGGAAAUGACCUUCCGAAAGGCCAAUUUUGACUCAAUAAAACACAAACUGAUAAAAGAUUCAGUGCUAUCCAUAU